AUGGUGUCCUUCACCACCCUCGUCGCCUGCCUGUCCGGUGUCAUAGUCGUUACAGGAUCGUCAAUCCCCCCAUCCAGAUCUGCCUACGCGCCCAAGCACGCAUCAUGUCCCUCUACGCCACUAGUCAGAGACGCUAAAGGCGUCAGUGCUUCUGAGUCCAGUUUCGUCACCCAGAGACAUCGCAAGGCUUCCGCUGCUUUGAAGACCUGGUUGAAAUCCGUCGACAAGAGCUUCGACGAAGCUACCAGAGGAUGGUCUGGAUAUGACGACGGAAAUGGCGCCAAGGCUCCCGUAAUUGCUCUCACUUCCAGCGGCGGCGGAUACAGGGCUAUGCUUAGUGGUGCCGGUGUUGUCAAGGCCUUCGAUGGACGCGAGAAAAUCAAGACAGGUGUCAGUGGACUCUACCAAGCGCUCACCUACGAAGCAGGUCUCUCAGGCGGUUCAUGGCUUUUAUCAUCGCUUGCAAGCAACAACUACUCCACAGUCAGCUCGCUGCAGAAGAGCCUGUGGGAAGAAGCACUUGAGGACAGUCUUCUCGUCACUAGCAUUCUGGCUUCGUCUGAGAAGAAAUCCGUUUAUGAUACGGUCAGAGCAGAUGUAAAGGCGAAGGAGAAGGCUGGCUUUGAACCAACCAUCAUUGAUCCUUGGGGCCGGCUACUCGCGUAUGGCCUGCUAGACGGCCCCAACGGGGGAGUGCGCAACACAAUGUCCAGUAUCGCGCAGACCUCUAGUUUCAAGAACCACCUGGCGCCAUACCCGAUCAUCACAGCUCUUGGUCUCGAGACUGGGUCGUGCAUUCCAGAUAGAAAUGCGACGCAGUACGAGUUCCAUCCCUACGAGUUUGGAUCUUGGGAUGCUGGAGUUGCGGCCUUUGCCGUCUCCAAGUAUAUCGGGACGUCGUUCUCUAAUGGCCAUCCUACCAAGCGCUGCAUUACCAACUAUGACCAGCUCGCUUACGUGCUUGGUAUAUCCUCCAACGUCUUUGCAGCAGGCUGUGAACCUAUCGCGGCCAAUAAUUCCGCAGCUGCCACACUAGUUGAGAAUUUUGCCGCUUUGGUGUCUCCACCUGGCUCAGGAAAGGACGAGGUCUCUGUGCGCCAGAGCUUCGGCCUAAUUCCCAAUCCGUUCCAGGGACGUCACAAGUCCCCCGAGGUUUCUUCUCUCUCAACUCUGGAGCUAGUAGAUGGUGGUGUUGGCGUCGGCUACCAGGGCAACCCGAUCUGGCCAUUCUUGUACAGGUCGGAUGUGGACGUGAUCAUUGUCAAUGAGAACUCUGCCGAUACGAAGGACAAUUAUCCCAACGGUACACAGAUUGUGAACACCUACAAAGCAGCUGUGGCGGCAGGGCUGAAACGCAUGCCUACUAUUCCAUCCUCUGAGACAUUUGUGGCCAAGAAGUUGAAUCAGAAGCCGGUCCUUUUCGGCUGUAAUAAGAAGGAUGUCGUUACUAUCAUCUAUAUUCCCAACUUCAACUAUACUUUCGAAAGUGGCCAGCCAACUUCGAAGAUCCAGUAUUUCAAGAACGAAACGGUGGGAAUGAUCGAUAACGGCGUGGAAGUGGGUAACUAUGGUGGCAAGGAUAACUGGCCGCUGUGCCUGGCGUGUGGUAUAAUGAAGAAGCAGGAUGGGAAGUUGCCUAAAGGGUGCAAGGCAUGCUUCAAAGAGUACUGCUUUAACUGA